GCCACUGCAGAGGCAGGACGCAAUUGGACCCUGAACCUGAGAGAUCCUGCGAACUGUGCGACCAAUAAGGCUGCUCUUCAGGAGGGAGAAGCAAAGCCUCUUUCUGCCCCUUUCUUCCAUAAACAAGACAAACCUGGAACAAGUAAACCGAGAGGAGAGCUUUUGGACGAACAGCCCUCUUGAAGGAUGCAGGAAGGGAGUUGGAAUACGCCGCUCUCCAUCUCUGCGCUGCCACAAGACCGAGCACCAGGCAGGACUUCGGAGGUUGAUGGGGGUUUGUUUAAUGAGGCUUCUUCGCAUGGAGAACUCUACCUGGACUCAGUGACAGAGCAGGAUUGUGGAGAUGGAGACUUUGCAGAUCUUACUGCCUUCCUCAGUGCAGACGAAAUUAAUCGUAGCCUGGACCUGGCCUGGGAGGCCUUUAGUGAAUGUGAAUCUGAAGAACCAGAUCCCUCUAGUCUUACACAACAGGAGCAGGCUCUCCAAUCAGCCCCUUCCCAACUUGUGUCCCCACAAACUACUGAAAUCCUCAAUGUAAGCCCGAACCUGCACCACCAGACCAAAGCCCCCUGCCCGGAUGAAAGUGCAGCAGUUUCUUUUUCCUCCAGCCAGAAUGUACCCCUCAGUAAACCAGUACCUUUGCCCAGUGAGGAUUCCUCCUCUGCUGAGAAGGUUGUCCACCACAAACCCAUCCAGCCAGUGUACAAACAGGAUAAACCCAGGCUGGUUCACGAAGGCCUGGAGCUGAAUGAUCGGGUGGGUUCAGCCACAGAGUUCUGCAGUCGAGCUGCCACUUUCAUUGAGGAGCUGUCGUCCAUUUUCAAAGGUUCUUCUCACUCAGAGCAGCAGGUGGAGGAGGAGUCCUCCUCUCCUGACAGUGGCUAUCUGUCUCCGAGAAGCCAGAGGCCGGCUCCUCAAGGGUCGGCCUCUGCUCCCUCCCUACCCUCCGGCCAGCGGGAGGACACCAAGAGCAGCCAGCCAGAGACAGGCCUGCAGCCUGGAGGCCUGCUGGGUGAGGAAGCUGCUGAGAUGCAGCAACUAUCUGCAGCUCCAGCAACAUCUGGAGGCCUGUUCGCUCCACAGUUCCUCCAAAAGCUGAAAAGUCAGGAAGUAGCAGGAGGAAGCCCCAUAAGACUGGAAUGCAGAGUCCAAGGAAACCCCCUUCCACUUGUCCGGUGGUUCUGUGAAGGCCGGGAGCUGCAAAACUCUCCUGACAUACAAAUCUGGAGGGAUGGUGACUUGCACACGCUGGUGAUUACUGAAGCCUUUGAGGACGACACGGGACGUUACACCUGCGUGGCGUCCAACAGCCUUGGAGCAGAUAACACCUCUGCUGAGGUUUACAUUGAAGGGGCGUCGUCAUCAGACUCAGACGGAGAGGGGGCGGGGUCGAAGCCCAGAUCAGGAGCCAUGCCUCAAGCACAGAAAAAGACUACUUCAAUGUCCCUAACAAUACGCUCCUCAUCCCCCAAAACCCUCGAUGUGCUUCCUCAUCGCUCCACGCUGGUCCAGUCCAUGUCUCAGCCCCCACAGCGGAUGCAGAGCCCCGUGUCAUCGCUGCAUGGUGGCGAGGUGUCUGGCCCUCCCCUGUUCACCAAGCUUUUGCAGGACACGCAGGCAUCAGAGGGCCAGGUGGUGGUUCUGGAGGGCAGAGUCCGAGGAAGUCCUCCUCUGAAGGUCCGAUGGUACCGGCAGGGAGAGGAGAUCCUGGACUCUCCUGAUUUCCGAAUUCUCCAGAAAAAGCCUCGAUCUGCAGCUGAGCCAGAGGAGAUCUGCACCCUGGUGAUAGCAGAGGCCUUUCCGGAGGAUGGGGGUCUGUUCUGCUGCACAGCGUCCAACCUGCACGGCUCCGUCAGCAGCACAGUCCAACUCUCCGUCACCCCAGCGGCCGAGGACUCAUCCAGCAACGGCGUGUCUGCCGAUAGCUCCGGCUUUGAGGAGGCGAUGUCCUUCCCUCCUCCUCCUCCACCACCACCCACAGAGAUCAGCCUCCUGGAGCUGCCGCCUAAGACGCUGUCCCAACCUGCGUCCGAGAGUUUCCAUGUCAAGGAGCUGCAGAUCUGGCCCAGCGUGUCGGCUCGGCCUUCAGUCCAGAUUAGCUCACAGGUGGAGGACAAAGAGCAACAACCGCUACACAAUGGCCAACCUCCUAAUCUCCCAUCACCCCCAAGAUUACCUGAAGAGAUCCCACUCCCGCCCCCACCUCCACCUCCUCCUCUGCCACAGACUGACCCUGCAGCCCCAGCCCCCCCAAGUCCAGUCCAUACGGUACCAGACUCCCCCCCAGCUCCCGGCAAGCUGUCUCCAUCCCACGGGAAAGAUGGUCCUCCACUGCCCACCAAGCCCAAACCCAAGCUAGCUGGCGCUAUAGACGGGGAGACACAAAACUACAGAAACGCGGCCCAGCUGAAGCAGCUGCAGGACCAGAUUCUGUUGGAGCAGCAGGAAGCAGACACCUGGCAACGGCAGCAGCAGGAGCAGCAAAACCAGGACAUCCCGCCGCCACCCCAGCAGCCGCUCCAGGAAACACCUCCACCUGCUUCUGCUUCUCCAUCUCCACCUCUCCCCCCUCCUCCCUCCUUCCAGGAGCUGGAGAGCAGCACAGCCAUGCAGGCCAGCACCUUCAACUACGCCCGGCCCAAGCAGUUCAUCGCCGCCCAGAGCCCCGGCGGGGCGGGCUUCGCGCCGCAGUCCUCCGGCUCCUCCGGGUCCAGCCUGUCGUCCCCCAUGUCUCCUCCCACCUCACACAAUACCUUCAACCGGGUGGCCCUGCCCCCCUUCACCAAGUCCGGCAGCGUGGAGUCUCCCACCUCCCCCUCCUUCCCCCCUCCGCCGCCACCCUUCCUCAGCAACCUGUCAUCUCCAUCAGGCCCCGCCCACGACUUCCCUCCUCCACCACCGCCCCCUCUCACCAUGUCUCCAUCCUACUCAGAUAUGUCCUCGCCCUUCUCCUCCGUCCCUCCAUCUCCUGCAUCCAGCUUCCUGUCCUCGGUGUUGCCCUCCACACCUACCACACCUACCACACCUACCAGUCCCAUCGUCAACGCCCUGGGCCUUCCUAGAGGAAACGGGACUGUCAAAGCGUUCCCCAGGAAGUCCUCGGUCACCAAGACACCUCGCGGCGUCUCUGACUCGGACAUCCAGGGAUCCAAGGAUGCCGUCAUUCAGGAUUUAGAGAGGAAACUGCGUUUUAAAGAGGAACGGCAGAGCAAUGGCCAACAGAAGUUAACCUAUGAGGAGAAGAUGGCUCGCAGACUGCUGGGUGCUGACAACGCUGCCACAGUCUUAAACACACAGGACACAGAGGACGAGCCGGUCACACAGGAAGACAAGUCAGCUGAUAGGGAAUCACAUCCUCAAAAGGAAUACAAAGUGUCCAGCUUCGAGCAGCGCCUGAUCAGCGAGAUUGAAUUCCGUCUGGAGCGUUCUCCGGUGGAGGAAUCGGACGAUGAUGUGCAGCACGACGAAGACUCCGCCGGCCACGGGACGGCGCCGUCCUUUGACCAGAAGCUCAAACACUACAAAGUGUUCGAGGGCAUGCCAGUCACAUUCUCCUGCAAGGUCAAAGGAGACCCCAAACCCAAGGUUUACUGGUUUAAAGACGGCAAGCAGAUCUCCAAGAGGAGCGAGCACUACCGGAUCAGCCGAGACCCCGAUGGAACCUGCUCUCUGCACACCGCUGCAGCGUCACUGGACGAUGACGGCAACUACACCAUCCUGGCUGGAAACCCGGAGGGCCGGGUGAGCUGCACCGGCAGGAUGAUGGUGCAGGCGGUGAACCAGCGAGGCCGCAGCCAGAGAUCGACGCCAGGGCACAUGCGCAGGCCCAGGUCCAGGUCCAGAGACAGUGGCGAUGAGAACGAUAACAUCCAAGAGCGCCACUUCCGCCCCCACUUCCUGCAGGCCCCCGGUGACCUCAUCGUCCAGGAGGGCCGCCUGUGCCGGAUGGACUGCAAGGUGAGCGGCUUGCCAACUCCUGACCUCAUCUGGCAGCUGAACGGUAACACCAUCCGCCCCGACUCUGCCCACAAGAUGCUGGUGAGAGAGAACGGCGUGCACUCGCUGGUCAUCGAGCCCGUCACGAGCCGCGACGCCGGCAUCUACACUUGCAUCGCUAGCAACAGAGCUGGACAGAACUCCUUUAACCUGGAGCUCAUCGUGGCAGCCAAGGAGAUGCACAAGACGCCUUCGUUUGUUGAGAAGCUGCAGAACACAACCGUUGCCGAGGGCCACCCUGUACGACUGGAGUGCCGCGUGACGGGGGUUCCCUACCCACAAAUCUUCUGGAAGAGGGAGAACGAGUCAUUCACUCACAACACGGACAGAAUCAGCAUGCACCAGGACAACUGUGGCUACCUGUGUAUGAUCAUCCAGCCGGCUAUGAAGGAAGAUGCUGGAUGGUACACCGUUUCAGCCAAGAACGACGCUGGAAUCGUAUCGAGCACCGCCCGUCUUGACGUUCACACUCAAUGGCAGCAGCCCAACCUCCCGAAGCCCAAGAAGGUGCGUCCCUCCGCCAGCCGCUACGCCGCGCUGACGGAGAGGGGUCUGGACGUGAAGGCGGCCUUCUUCCCCGACUCCAGCCCGCUGCAGCCCGGCGGCCUGGUGGAAAGCGAUGACCUGUAAUCGCUGCACAACAACACAAGGACUUGUGACAUCAGUUCAGAAACCCCCUGAAAGCUGCCCUGGAUUCCAGCCCCCCCUCCGAGACACACCCUUGACGGCGGAGAGGAAGGGCAGCGCUUCACCUCAGUCCACCACCACUGAACUGCAGAUACAGGAGCAAAGUGACAGUCGUUGGAGGGAGAUGGUGCAGCUGUGGUUUUCUUACAUUUUAUAAACCCAUCACACAUUAUAGAAAAGAAUCCAUCAAGUUGACCUGGAAAAUGAUUGAAGUGCUUAGAGACUUUUCAUAAGUGUUUGUUCAGAAGCCAUUGCAGAAGGUUGCCUAGUAAAGUGCCUCUGAAUCUUGUAAAGAUACAACACAAGUUUAUCAAUAAAACACAUACUUACUAUGCAUGCUUAAGUGGUGCCACUCGCACUUCUCAGACUUAAACUGUAUCCAUAGGUAACAUUUCUUACCAGCCACGUGUAGAGGAGAAAAAGAUGGCUAAAGGAAGCUUCGUCAGUUGGAUGAAGAUCACAGUUUUGAAUAACCUGCUCAUGAAGCAUGAGAACCUUACAGCCCCAACGUUGAUGCAUUAUAAAUUAGGGAUACUGGAAGAGGCCGGGCCUUAAACUGUACUUUUUUUUUUUUUUAGCAGAAGAAAUGGGUAAAUUAAAAAAAAAAAAGUUUGUGGGUGGCUGAAGCAAAGUUGGAUUUAAAAGGAAAAAAGGGAAAAUGCAGGUUGAAAGAAGGAUAUGAGGGACUGGAGAUGAAGAGCAACAGUGAAAGAAAUGCAGCGGCGACCGCUCAUGUUGGGGAUUUUCUUUCCUGCUUCAUUAGUGAUUAAUUAUUCUGAAGUGUGAAUUGACAUGUUCUCACUCAAGGGAGGGUGCUGUGAAAAGUUUCAGUGUAUUUCUCUCACACGUCACAGAUUGUGCAUUUUAUUUUUGUAUGAAAAGAAAAAAAAAAGACUAUUUACUUUCUCAAGAACCAAGACUUUAAAUUAUACCUGAAACCUUCUGUUCACCGAUGAAUCUGCUUGGAUAAUGAAGUUUUAUGACAUAUUUACUGCCUUAAUCCACUUAAAGAAAACACCAUUUCUUUGCAUGUUACUUUUGGACACUUUUAUUGUGCCAAGGCGCUUUUGCCAGGAUGUAUGAAAACACAACUUUCUUCCAAUAUUCUGAGAUAGGAAACGAUCACCAAUAAUCAUUAAAAAUAAAAAUAAAAAGUUAUAUUUAUAUGUAUCAUUUUUGUCUCUUCUGUAAAAUGUACACGGUGGAAGUUUUCUUUUCCUGUUGAGGGUUUUGGAGCAGCUCGGCGUUGGCACAUUUCUGUGCCAAAAGAUGACUGUGUAUGAACUAUUGUCCCGAUAUUUUAAGUUACAAACGUGAAUAAAAAUUGAAACUCUUCAGA